AUUGUAAAUUUGUGGAUGUGUUCGCAUCGUUCCUGACUAAUUUUGUGAUGUUUUGGAGCCCUGGUCUUUUGAACACAGUUUCAUUACUGUUUCUAACUCCGUGUUUAGUAGAGUGGUAUCUUGUAGAGUUUCAGUUUUUAACAAUUAAACAGGUCUUACAAGGAGUGACAGUAAUCUUCCUUUUGGCAUGGGUGCAGGAAUCCUGACUCUUUGUUUUGACUUAACAAGAAAUUGUGCAUGUCUUCCUUGUCCGAGAGCUGGGCUGCUGUACCCUUUGCCUCUGCUUCCUUUUGUAUUCCUGCAGAACUUGAUGUGGAAAUGAAAUACAUGUAGCAAUAGCAAAUUGUGGAGCUGCUGUGUUAGGCAACCAGACAUAGGAAACAGAAGUUUAUGGAAUGUCCACAAAGCUGUUCUGGAUGGAUUUCAAGGGCUGUUUACAAUGCAAGAGAAACAGCAGAAGAAAGUGUAUUUCAGGAUGUCCUGGAAAUCCUGACAAGCACCUCAAGUGCCAUUGAGCAGACCUGUAAGGACUCCUGUGGACUGACAGAUCUAGACACCUGCCUGCUGCUCAUAGCAGAGUGCUUCAGAUGUCUGAGGAAUGCCUGUGUUGAGUGUGCCAAGAAUCAACAUGUCUUGAGGAACUUGGGUCUCAUCUCUACAUCUGUCCAUUUGAUAAAGUUGCUUCAUGGAAUACAAAUCAAAGAAGAAUUGUUACUGACUGCUCUUCGUUGUAGUCUUCAGUUUCUUGGAAACAUUGCAGCAGGAAAUGGAGAUUCCCAGAAUAGCAUUUGGAAGUGUGCUUUCCCAGAUCUCUUCUUGACAUGUCUGACAUACAGCGAUGAGAAAAUUGUCACCUAUUGCUGCAUGGUUCUGUUCACCUGCCUGAAUUCAGAGCGAGUGAGAGAACUGCUGGAUCCUGGAAACUUGACUGUGGCUCUUCAUGUCCUGAGAGUCUACAAAGAACAGUUGGAUUCUGAGUGGUCGUUCCUGAUUGUUACAGAACAUUUGCUGAAAUGUCCAGAGCUGGUAAAAGCCCUCUAUGCCAAACUGAGCAAUCAAGAAAGAGUUACUUUGUUAGAGCUGAUGAUGGUGAAAGUAAGUGACAAGAACUCAGUUAGCAGUGAAGAAAUGAAUGUGUUUGUGAGACAUGCUGACUUCCUCGCAGACUGUUUCCAAGAGAAAUGUGGAGCUGUGCUCAAGUUCACUGCUGCAGCAGAUGUGGAAGAUGAGGAAGCACUGGUGACAAUUCGUCUUCUCGAUGUGCUUUGUGAAAUGACCUCAAACAACGGCCAGCUGGAACAUCUGCAGGCAUUCCCUGGUUUGCUUGAAACAGCUGUAGAUACCCUGAGAUUAACUCACCUUGCUGGGAAACAGGCUGUAAAUAUUUUCACUGCCACACAUGCUGUGACAGGGCAGGAGGAAAUUUCACAUCCAGCUGUUGGUUUCAAAUCUCAUCUCAUUCGUUUGAUUGGAAAUUUGUGUUACAAGAAUAAGGAAAACCAAGACAAGGUGUAUGACUUGGAUGGCAUUUCCUUGAUUCUGGACAAUUGCAGCAUUGAUGACAACAAUCCUUUUGUGAGCCAGUGGGCAGUUUAUGCGAUCCGGAAUCUCACUGAGCAGAACGAGCAGAACCAGGCACUGAUUGCACAAAUGGAGCACAAGGGGCUGGCAGACAGCUCUGCCCUCGAGAGGAUAGGCUUGGAGAUACAGCAAAGAGAUGACAAGUUAAUUCUGCGGUCAACCAGGAAAAAGCCCUCCUGAGCAAAAACAUUAGCAAUAGUCAAAUCACUAAAAGGGGAUUUCUCUUACAAAACAUUUUCCCUUGCUCAGCAACUAUUUUUUUCAAUUUUAGUCCCAGUCUGUUGAAAAUGUUAUAUUUGUUCUCAGAAAAGCUGCCAGAUGAUGCUUCUGCCUUCUUUUGCUGUAAACAAAAGGUUACCUGUGUGCUUUCUGUGUGCCUGGGUAAAUCAGCUUGUGAAAAAAGGUCCUUCUUGUCAGUUAGUUGGAGUUUCGUUACUUCCUUUUUCAUUAGUAGAAGAAUGUCAUACAUGCAGUAUCGACUUGUCAUAAUUUUCUUUGCUGAACCUGAAGAUAACUAUCAUUAAAAAACUCUUCAAAGAAAGAGCUCUUUUUCAGGCUGCCUUCUCCAUGUAAAAGAUCUGUGCUGAGUCAGGGCUAAACAAGCAAUUUUCAGUCAUGGGACCUAAAUAUCUCUAUUUAUAUAAGCAUCAAGAGAACAUUGAAUGUACUUAAAUAUUUAGUGAAUUAAACACAACAUGGCUUUUGUCUAUUUGAA